AAAGAGGCGGUGGGCUAGGCUUCAUUUCGGCGUGAGUCUGGCAGGCGGUGGUACAACCCUUUUCGUCAUCUUUAUCCAUAGAGACCGGCCGCUUUCUUUCCCCACCCUGAAUAGCUCCUUCAGCGCAUAACUCCCUUCGUUAUUCGGAUAUAAAUAAAGAAACAUGGCCUCAGGUGUGAAAGUUUGCGAUGACGUGAUCAAGACAUUCAAUGACAUGAAGGUACGCAAAUUCUGCACCCCUGAGGAGAUCAAGAAACGCAAGAAGGCUGUUCUCUUCUGCUUGAGUCACGAUAAGAAAAGCAUUAUCCUGGAAGAGGGGAAGGAACUCUUAGUAGGAGACUGUGGAACUGUUGUGGAGGACCCCUACAAGCACUUCGUAGACAUGCUGCCCGCUAAUGACUGCCGUUAUGCACUGUAUGAUGCCACCUAUGAGACAAAAGAGUCAAAGAAAGAGGACUUAGUCUUCCUCUUCUGGGCUCCUGAAGAUGCUCCUCUAAAAAGCAAAAUGAUCUAUGCCAGCUCUAAAGAUGCGAUCAAGAAGAAAUUCACAGGUAUCAAGCACGAGUGGCAAGCAAACCACAAAGAAGAUAUCAAGGAUCGCAGUACCCUUGCUGAAAAGUUGGGAGGGAACACGGUCAUCUCCCUGGAAGGAAAGCCCUUGUGAAGUCUCCAUUCCUCUUCCCUCCGUGUCUGUGCCACUUCUUAAAGAGGCUUCCAUGUUACCAUAACCCAGCAGUGUCCAUACUGCUACCCUAAAUUUCCCAGAUCUCCCUGGAUUUGUGAGGCUCCUUGACUCCAGACGGGCAUCAUAUGUCUGCAGAUGGGCACAACUUCCAUUUCCCCUUAGUAAUUUGUCACUCAGUGGUUCCUUUCCUCUUAGGCCUGUAAACCGAGGCAUUUUACCUUCCAAUAAGAUUCCCACCUUUGUUUCCUCCCCAGACUCUGCACUUACCCCACAAGUUAUGAGUUAUUUUGCCAAAUGCAGCCUGGCAUCUUCGCUGCCUCUUUUUCAUGGGAUCAUGUCAGAAAGGCCCUUAACAUUCUUAUCAGGAUGUACUUUGUAGUUUUAAAAAAGAGGGAAUGCUGGAUCAAUCCAGUGCGCUGUUCUAACAUUCCUAAACAAACCCUUCUAAAACUAGCUCCUAAGAGGAAUAACGUUUGUUUUCUUUAGAGAUUCCAUAUUUCUACAGCAUUCCUGUAUUUUUGCAACUAAUCUGGCACUAGAAUGGCAAUAUUUAUGGCCUCCCAAGAACUCCUUUGUGCAAAUUCCUAAGUUCAGACCCUUAAGGCACUUUCUUUCUGCUAAAGUUUGGGCAGGAAACUUUAAUUUUUUUUAUUUUUUUUCUUCCCAACUGAAUUUUUAAUUUAAGAAUAUGGGACAUCACUUACUGGCCUCACCAUUGCAUUCCACUUUUUUAUAUAUAUAUUGCCAAUUUUCAUUUGCAAAUUUUGUGAUGCUCACCUUCUGUACUGCAGUGUCAAUGGAUUUGUUUUGUUUUUUUUGGGAGGGUGUAGAAAUUCCUUUGUCUGUUCACCCUUUCAGUUCCCUCUCAUCUCCAUUGCGCUCUACUGUCUUGCGUUACUAAUAUGGAAGUCGUUCUGGCAGAGCCGACAUUAAUAAAAAUCUAUAAAUGAGA